AUGGAUUUAACACUAAAUAUUUUUACGUUAAAUUGCUGGGGAAUACCAAUUAUCUCUAAAAACCGAAAAGAAAGAAUUCAAGCUCUAGCAAAAUAUCUAAUAAAUAGUUCUCAUACAAUUGUUUGCCUUCAGGAGAUUUGGAGUGAAAAUGAUUAUUUGUUUUUAAAAGACAGUCUUAAACAUAUCUUGCCAUAUACUCAUUAUUUCUAUAGUGGUGUCGUUGGUUCGGGACUGUGUGUAUUUUCUAAAUGGUUAAUACAGGAUGUAUUUUUCCACAAGUGGCCUUUAAAUGGAUAUAUCCACAAGAUCCACCAUGGUGACUGGUUUGGAGGGAAGGGAGUUGGGUUAUGUCGAAUUAGAUAUGAAGAUAAGCUUAUAAAUGUGUACUGCACACAUCUGCAUGCAGAAUAUCAUGAGGAUGAUAUGUACUUAGCACAUAGAGUGCUACAAGCUUACUCAACUGCAGAAUUUGUAAAUCUUACUUCAUCACCUGCUGAUGUCUCCAUUUUAGCAGGAGAUUUAAAUACAGCUCCAGGAGAUAUAUCAUUUAGGCUUAUUACUCAAUUACCUGCAUUAUUAGAUCCAUUUGUAAUGAGAUGUGAAGGAAGUAAUCCAGCGAUUGCGAAGCCAUCAGGCACUAGGGACAAUGCCAACAACAGUUAUUCUGAUUCUAGAACAGUAAAAAAUAAUCCUGAAGGAAAGAGAAUAGAUCAUAUACUUUUUAAAGUGAGCCCAGCGUGGGAGGCCAAUAUUAUUAAUUUUGGAAACCCAUUAGAAGACAGAGUCCCAGGCGAAGAUUUCUCAUACUCAGACCACAAUGCUGUAUCACUGGAAUUACGUAUCAGAGCAAGUCGUGAAAACAAAUAUAAUCAAGAACAACAAAGCGCGGAUGAUCGUUUUGAUGAGACAAUUGCUCAAGCAAUUAAAGUUUGUCAAGAUGCUACUGUCAUCAUAGCAAAAUCAAAACGCUUGUUCCUCACCUCAGACGACUUAAAACUUUGUAGAGAAAUCCAUUCAGCCUCUGAUGUUGAGCUUAUUCAAGAGGAUGUUGAUAAUCUGGCAAACUGGGUUGAACAAAAUCGAAUGGAGCUAAAUGUCGAUAAAUGUUAUUUUAUUAGAUUUUCACGGCAAAGGUUGCAAGCACCACCUUCGUACCACGUCAAUGGAAAACAACUUAAAGAGGUAGAUUCUCUAAGAGACCUAGGCGUUAUUUUAGAUAAAAAACUUCGCUUUCACAAACACAUUGAAGACAUAUCGUGUUAG